AUGGCUAAUUCAGCCCCAACUCCUAUGGUUGCUUCUUCAAAAUUGUCAGCUAAUCAUUCCUUUCAUUUUGAAGAUCCAAAAUUAUUUCGUUCUAUUGCAGGGGCUCUCCAAUAUCUCACACUCACUAGGCCAGACUUUACAUUUGCUGUUAGCAAGAUUUAUGCUGAUUGGGAAGCAGAUGCUGAUGAUAGAAAAAGUGUUACUGGAUAUUGUGUCAACCUAGGAACAAACUUGAUUGCAUGGAAAAGCAACAAGCAACGUGUUGUUAGCCGAUCAAGCACAGAAGCUGAGUUUCGUGCAAUUGCUGUAGCUCAAUCUGAAGUCAUUUGGACACAAAAUCUCCUUCAUGAGUUACAUCUCUCUCACCACAGCUCUUACUCUCUAUUGUGA